AUGGUGGUAAAGUAUAAGAACCCAUACCAUAGGAAAAAAGAGGUUGGAAAGGUUGGGUCUUAUCCCAAAAAUUUCAUAGUUGACCAGGCAUUGCUUGAGGAAGUUGUUCUUUACUUGGCUAAACAAUCAGAUAUGAUCAUGAAUGCUGACCAAUAUUUUGAGGGAUUGAAACUCUUCUCUGAAACAUUUAGGCUGCAAGCCAAUAAUGCCAAAUCGUCCCUUUAUUGCAGUGGUAUAAGUGAUGAUGAAGCAAAUAGAAUUCAGCAGUUUUCUGGAUUUUCUAGAGAGCAAUUGACAUUCAGGUACCUAGGGGUAUUUAGCAACAAAAAGAUCUCUAUUGCUGAUUGUGAAGGAUUGCUAGAGAAGAUGAGUGGUAAAGUAGUUAGUGCCAAGAGUGGUUAUAUUAACUGGGAUCAGGUAUGCUCACCUAAGAAGAUGGGAGGACUUGGAUUCAAAAAUGUUGCUCAGUGGAACAUAGCUGCUGUGGGGAAGCUUGUGUGGCACAUUGGCAUUAAUAAGGAUGACAUGUGGGUUAAAUGCAUUCAUUCCAUUUAUAUUAACGAUCAGAAUUGGUGGAGUUUCAGUGCUCCACCCAGUGCAAGUUGGAUUGUGAAGCAAAUUUGUAAAGUAAAGAGUGCACUGAGUGGUCUUAAUAUGCAGAAUUGGCAGCAAGAUAAAAAGUAUACCAUAGCAACUGUGUAUCAUACUAUCAUUCAUUAG